UGGGCCGGAAUAGAGGACACUGCUGCGACGGACGACGAAGGAAAGAUGAAAGGAUAUUCUGAGGAUAUCGAUACCCUCCUCGUCUUCGCUGGUCUAUUCUCUGCCAUCCUCACCGCAUUUGUUGUCUCGACCUAUACGAUGCUUCAGCCAUCGAGCGCCGACCUGACGAACCAACUCCUCACCACAAAUAACCAGAUACUCGCCCAAAACAGUCAG